UGUAUUACCCAUUGAUCGGAAAAAACUGAAAUCUGGGAGUCGAUCGUCUGAGAGAGCGAAGAUGAAUUCAAUGGUGGCUUUGGGGAAGAAAUUCACGAGAAAUAUUCAAGAUAACAAACGCAGAUUGUUGUCUGCUAAGUAUGAAUUGAGGCGAAAGUUGUAUAAAGCUUUUGUUCAAGAUCCUCAACUUCCUCCUGAAAUGCGAGAAGCUCAUCAGUACAAGCUUGCCAAGUUGCCCAGAAACAGUUCCUUUACGCGAAUCAGAAAUCGGUGCAUUUUUACAGGUCGACCUCGUGCCGUUUAUGAAAAGUUUCGAAUGUCUCGUAUUGUUUUUCGUGGUUUGGCUGCUCGUGGUGCUUUGCAAGGUGUAAAGAAAGCUUCUUGGUAGACAAUACAAUACCCAGGAUUUCUUCUUUUCAAGAUUUAGGAGUAUUACUACUGGAUAUCAUAUACUAAAGCCUAGUAGAUUACAGUGGGACAAGGUUUUCUAUUUCAGGAGUUGUUGCCAGCUUUUUCAAAUAAAUCAUCAUGUUACAAUCUCUAUCUCGUCCCUCAUCCGGAGUUUGGCUAUGCCAAUAUUAUUUAUCUCCAUCUUUGCCUCAAGAUUUCUUGAUGUUCUUAAUCUGCUUGGUAGAACCUUGCUAAAGCUUUUCAUUGUCUUGGAACUUUUGAUUUAUGAGCAGACCUGUACUCUCUUUCCAGCUUUGAAGUUUGAACUAAUUGCUUAUAAGAUAUAUGCAUGCAUCUUGUAAUCUGUCUAUUUCUAUCCUCUAA